AUGGGUAGCGUCGAUGCACGCUUUAUCAUCGAGGCAAUGAAUGCAGGAGCUGACGUGUUGCGCUUGGCCAUUGGCAGGUUUCAAGCUUCUGGGGCUCUAGCGCACCUUCCUCUGCGGUUCUUUCUCUUUUUCACGCAUGCGGGUGUUUUUCUGCUCAAAGCGGUCGUGGUCGUCCCUUUGCCAGCAUCACAGAAAAGAGCUAUACUCCACCUGAUUCGCGGUCUAAUUAGCUGUAUGUCGAGAGCUUCUAUGGAUCCUAGACAUCCUGCCGUCCGAAACUCAACGGCCCUGGAUGGACUACUAAAGCGCAUUUACCGGGAUCAAGAAAUCCAAACCCCAGCGAUCACCCGUCCCACCUCACCUGGUAUUGGCGAAUCAGCCGAGCUCAACAUCAGAUCAGAGCUUUAUACCGAGCCUUCAAAAGUCCAUAACAAUGGAUUUCCCGCUUUUCUCGGCACCGGUGAAUCACCAUUCGUUCCAGAGCGGCCGCUACAAGAACUGGCAGCUGAUAUGGACGCCGUCUUUGGGCCGGAGCAAGACUGUCCAGACAUUCACGUGCCACUAAAUGGUGAGCACAACGACAACAAUUCGUCAACAAUGCCGUCAUCCGAUGUCUUCGCGUCCUUGUUCAACUACGACGAUAGGGACUUUUGGGGCGGCUUUACCCCAGUGCCGUUCGAAUGA